AUGGAAGAGGCGCCUGAAGAUGAAGAUGCCGAGAAAUUCAUUUCAAUUGCUCAAACCCUAAUCGACGUAAUGAUUGCAGGAUUGCGGGAUUUGUUAAUUUGCCCCAAUCUAUACCUAAAUCGGUGGUCUAAAACAGCGACACACUUUCCGGGAAGGACAGACAACGAGAUCAAGAACUACUGGAACACGAGGAUCAAGAAGAAGAUGAAGCUCAAGGGAUUGGACCUCGUCACCCACAAGCCGGUCCAGACGAAAACUCGCGAUUUUAAGACGAACAACGGAGAAAUGCAGCGUCAUCAAAACCUUGGAUUUCAAGAAACUACCGUCUCAUUAAUCCCAAAUCUCAAAGAUUAUGAUGAUCAAAUGCAGCAUAAGACAGAAGAAGGGUCGCCCUCGAAUCAAAGCAGGGAUGAUUCUUGCAUCAAGAAUUCGGACAUGGGAUCUUCACUUGUGUUCCAAAACAAGGAAUCUUUGGGGAGUUUCACCAUGGAUUCUUACUAG